CGGAACUGCUCCACUUCCUUUCUGCCGCCGCAGCAGCGCCUGAAACACGAGUGUAGACUUUUCCGUCUUUACGCGAGGCGCAGCACACAUACUGGGCCGGCUGGUAGCGCGCAGGGGACAAACAUGAAACCCAUCCUGCUCCAGGGCCACGAGAGGUCCAUCACUCAAAUCAAGUACAACAGAGAAGGAGACCUGAUCUUCUCUGUGGCCAAAGACACUGUAGUCAACGCGUGGUACUCUGUCAACGGGGAGAGGCUUGGCACCUACAAUGGACACACGGGAGCUGUAUGGUGUAUUGAUUGCGACUGGGACACUAAGAACGUAUUAACAGGAUCAGCUGACAACAGCUGUCGACUCUGGGACUGUGAGACGGGUAAACAGCUGGCCCUGCUCAACACCAAUUCUGCCGUCAGGACAUGCGGCUUCGACUUCAGCGGCAACAUCAUCAUGUUCUCCACAGACAAGCAGAUGGGUUACCAGUGCUACCUGAACUUCUUUGACCUCAGGGAUCCACAGCAGAUGGAGGACAACCAGCCCUACCUCUCCGUGCCCUCCACCGACCCCAAGAUCACCAGUGCCGUGUGGGGGCCACUGGGAGAGUUCGUCAUCGCCGGCCACGAGAACGGAGAGAUCAACCAGUUCAGCGCCAAGUCGGGAGAGGUCCUGAAGAAGUGCAAGGAGCACACCAAGCAGAUCAACGACAUCCAGUCAUCAGUGGACCUUACGAUGUUCAUCACUGCCUCCAAGGAUAACAGCGCCAAACUGUUUGACUGCAGUACUCUGGAUCACAUCAAGACUUUCAAGACAGAGAGACCGGUCAACUCCGCUGCCAUCUCCCCCAUCAUGGAUCACGUGGUGAUGGGAGGUGGUCAGGAAGCCAUGGAGGUCACGACUACUUCCACCAGGAUUGGCAAGUUUGAGGCCAGGUUCUUUCACGCCGCCUAUGAAGAGGAGUUUGGCAGAGUCAAAGGUCAUUUCGGCCCCAUCAAUUGUGUGGCUUUCCAUCCGGAUGGCAAGAGUUACAGCAGCGGAGGAGAAGAUGGAUAUGUAAGGAUUCAUUACUUUGACCCUCAGUACUUUGACUUCGAACUGGAGGCGUAAACAGACUCAACCUCCCUCAACGCCGCAGCAUUCUCAGUCUCCCGAGGGGAUUCAGCUCCUCCUCUCCUGAACUGAUCUGUCAGAAAUAAACAUUUCCCAGCAGUGGUUGCAUUUAGUUUGUACUCUUUGGAUUACUUCAAAAUAAAGAGAUUGAGAGAAGAUCGUUUGUAACACCUUUU